GUACUUGCCUUGCAGGAGCAGGACUCUCAAGGGGGAGCAGGUUUUGGAAUGCUUCUGCUCUGCUCUGCUGUAUCCAAUUCCUCUCUCUCAUUUUCUUCCUCAUCUUGUUAGUUGCUGUACCACAGCGACAAUCUAUCUUUUCACCUAUUGAAUUCAAUAGGUGCGUGCAGGUUGAUGUGUUCCUGUUGCCUAUUUCUUUCUCAGUCGAUUGAUUGAAUCGUGUUUUCAAGUGUCGGAUUGUCUUCGCCGCUUCGAAUAGCGGAGUCCGGUAUCGCUAUGGCGGCGGCGGCGGCUUCAGGUACUGCGCAGACGCAGUUCAUCGUCGGCAAUGGUCGGAAUCCGAGUUUCUCCAAUACGCCUCUCAUUGAGAACUUGGAGCCUGAUCAGAUUGUUGUGCCUGAUAAGAAAGGCUGGAGAAACUUAUUUGCGUACAUGGGUCCUGGGUUCCUUGUUUCUAUUGCCUAUAUAGAUCCUGGAAACUUUGAAACGGACUUGCAGUCAGGAGCACAGUACAAGUAUGGGUUGCUUUGGAUUAUACUAGUUGCUUCAUGUGCUGCUCUUAUCAUUCAAUCUCUCGCAGCAAACUUGGGAGUUGUCACUGGGAAGCACUUAGCAGAACAUUGUAGGGCAGAGUAUCCAAGGGUGCCAAACUUCAUCUUAUGGAUUCUUGCUGAAAUUGCCAUUGUUGCAUGUGACAUUCCUGAAGUGAUCGGAACGGCUUUUGCUUUAAACAUGCUUUUCAAAUUGCCAGUGUGGUGUGGUGUCCUCCUGACAGGGCUCAGUACACUGAUUCUACUAGCACUACAGCAAUAUGGGGUGAGGAAACUUGAGUUCUUCAUUGCGUUUCUAGUAUUUACAAUUGCUGCUUGCUUCUUUGUGGAACUUGGUUAUGCGAAGCCUAAUGCUUCUGAAGUGUUGAAUGGACUUUUUGUUCCCCAACUGAAGGGAAAUGGUGCAACUGGUCUGGCAAUUUCCCUCCUUGGUGCUAUGGUUAUGCCGCACAAUCUCUUCCUCCAUUCAGCUUUGGUCCUCUCAAGGAAAAUACCACGAUCUGUUAAUGGCAUCAAAGACGCUUGCAGGUUUUAUAUGAUAGAGAGUGGCUUUGCCCUAAUGAUAGCUUUUCUCAUUAACAUAUCAGUAAUCUCAGUUACUGGAGCUGUUUGCAAUUCCUCAAAUUUGAACCUGGAUGAUCAAAAGAACUGCCAGAACUUGGACUUAAACAAAGCCUCCUUCUUACUUAAGAAUGUUUUAGGCAGUUGGAGUUCAAAGUUUUUUGCAAUUGCUUUGCUAGCAUCAGGUCAGAGUUCUACAAUAACUGGGACAUAUGCUGGACAAUAUGUCAUGCAGGGCUUCCUAGAUUUACGGUUGAAGCCAUGGAUUCGUAACUUCUUGACACGAUGCUUGGCCAUAAUUCCUAGUCUAAUCGUUGCAAUCAUUGGUGGUUCUGCAGGAGCUGGAAAAUUAAUCAUUAUUGCGUCGAUGAUUUUAUCAUUUGAACUGCCUUUUGCUCUUAUUCCACUUCUCAAGUUCACAAGCAGCAAGACCAAGAUGGGGGCUUAUGCCAACUCCACUCUGAUUACUGCAACUACUUGGGUCAUUGGAUCACUCAUUAUGGGCGUAAAUAUAUACUAUCUGGCAACCAGCUUCAUCAAAUUACUUCUUCGUAGUCAUUUAGAAGUUGUUGGCACUGUGUUGUGUGGAAUUCUGGGAUUUUCAGGGAUGUUGAUUUAUCUGGCUGCAAUAGCAUACUUGGUCCUAAGACAAAACAAGGAGGCUACUCACCUUCUGUCACUGACAGAACCCGGGAAUUUGCGAAUGGCAAAUGAGUUAGGUGAUGAAUCAGUAUAUAGUCUACCCAGAGAGGACAUAGUAGGCAUGCAAUUGCCCCAGAGGAGGGGUGCAGUAGAUGUUCUCUAAUUGGUAAGCAAGGAACACUAGGAAGGUAAAAAAUAACCCCCUUACUGUAAGGUAAAAAAUAACCCCCUUACUGUAUAUGUUUUCCAUUGCCCAGUAUGCAAGGUACAUUAGAGGGCUAUGAUGAUCUAAACCUUUCAGCUUUGUUUCUGAAAAAGACAAUGGAAAUGGUAAUAAUUAGAUAAUUUGAACCAUUACCCAA